AUGGCAAGCCGAGGCCGAGAGGCCUACCGGCCAAGGCAGAAGGACACCGACUUCUUUCGGCGGCCGCUCCGCCCUUCGCGAUUCGAGGGUGGCCCGGAGACCGAGGGCCCUGGCCGCGGAGAGUGGCAAGGUGACGAGAACAAGUACACCAUCAAUUGGGGCGAUCCGAAUAUCGGCAAGCGCCAAGCGGAAUACAAGCCGCCUGAAGAACUGGACCCUGAGUGGUAUGAGUCGGGCGACGACGGAGGUGACGGGCCUGACGAGGACGAACGACCUGCGCCCCGCCGUCGCGAGCGCCCGCGGCGGCGCCGUCCCCGCUCGCGCUUCAGGGAGGGCGGGCCUUCCGACGGCGCGUCCGUAGCGGCGGCGCCGCGGCUCCGCCCAAGGGAGCCCUGGCGGCCGCCAGUCUUCGAGCCCUUGGAGCCCCAAGGGCGCGGACGCGCGCAGGGCAGGGACUUCCCGAGCCGGGGGCGCCCUGCGCCUCGCGAUGAGCGUCCGGGCCGAAGACCGGAGCGGCAGCCCAGGCAGCCCAGGCAGCAGCUGCGGAGGAUCUCGCUGGAGCCUCCAGUUCGGCCGGUGAACUUGGAGGCCAUGGCGGCCAAGGGCCUCCCGAAGAUGAACCUCUACCAGCUCUCUGGCUUGCAGGGCUUCUCAUUUUUUUAA